UUUCCAAUAAAAUCACAAAAGUCUGUUGCAAAAUAUUUGUCACACAUUUUAUAUCCUAGCCAAUCUAAAAAUCCACAGUGCACGAGCCUACCUCCCCUUCCCUUAUAAUCUAGAAUUUCAUCUUCUUCCCCUUCAUUUCCACAUACAGGCUUCCCACCAGGACUCAUAUUCUUGACCAGCAAACAAAACCAAAAAGAUACAGGAUGGACACCACCCCAGUCAGGCGAAGACGCGCUAGAACAAGGGAGCUCCUUGAGGGCGAGUUCUGGCUGGCGGUGGAGGUACCCACGGUCCCAUCCCCGCCCGCCUCUCACACGAUGUACGACGAGCAACGGCUAAAGGAGGGCUUGUUCUACGCAGAUCAGACUCUACGCAACGCAAUUAAAGGAGCAUCGCCUCUCGUGAGCCAUUGUAUGACAAUGUAGUCUACAAGACCUGCCUCAAAGCAGCCCUCGAGAACGGGGUGGGGAUAAGCAGGAGAGACAAGAUCUGCUGGAAACCGUUCAUGCUUUCCUAGAAGAAAUCCGAGGUAACCGAGAACUCCGGCUUCCUUGCGACAAGGUCAACACUGCGGUGGUGGAUCGCCUCGUCAUGCUACGGCGGUACGGGUUUGCCAUCCGGUACCGCCUAUGGACGGACAUGGUCUGCGACGAACUCCACAUCUCCAAGGAAGAAUCAGAAU